AUGAAGACGCGAGAUCCUACAUGGGAUGGUACCAACCUCUCCAUCUGGUCCGCAACUGAGCUCUCGAUCGGCGUACUUAUCGCUUCUUUACCUCCACUACGAAAGCAGUUCGACACAUUCUUCCGACGUAUCCUCUCGUUGACCGGUACCAAAUCCAAGACGCGAGCCAGUGGCAACAACAUACCUCUAUACAACGUCAGCAAACCAUAUACCAUCGGCAGUGGGCCAAAGGGUGGUCGCUCGCGAUUUAAGGGAGACUAUAAUGAUGACGGAGAUAGCGAGAAACAUAUUUUGGACGACUCUGCGCAGCCUGGCAAGGGCGAGAUCGCCAGAACGGCCGUGCAUGAGGUGCGCAGUGAGGACAGAAACAGCGUACAAAUGCCGGAUCGAACAAACAACAUGUGUGGAUAG